UGCAGCGAUGUGGUCACGUGACGCUGGGAAAAGGAAUGCCAACAUGGACCCGUGGCAAGGACGGGAUGUGAGCGUGCGACGACAAUAACACGACGGAGGAAGAAGGAAAAACACGAAAUUUAUUAAACCCAUCGACGGCGCUGCUCCUCUGCACCGAACCUCCUCCGAACAACUCGCGGUUUUUGUGAUUCGUCUUCUGGAUAGAGUUUCUCCAACAUCCUCUCUACUGGUUUGGCCUGGAUCAAUGGUGUCUCUCAGCAGCAGAACGCUGAGUUUGGAGAAUGACCUGUUCAGGGACAGCAGCAGCAGCAGCAGCAGCAGCAGCAUCCUGUUCUCCCUCGGCCUGGGAGAUGGAGCCUGCAGCGAGGGGGGCAGUUCAGCCUCCUGUGACAGCCCCGAGGCUGGGGAGUUGGGGGCUAUGCACAGCUCCAGCCCUGGAGAGGAGGAGGACGAGGAGGAGGAAGAAGACGAAGACGAAGGGGUACCUCUGCAUAUUUUUCUAGGAGCAGCAGAGGAGGAGGAACCUGCAAGUCAGGAAACCCAGCUGCCAGAAUUCUCCUUCAAUCCGUCUUCCCCAUUCUCCCCAACCCUGGAGGACAUAGAGGAGUUCUUGAGGGAAAAGAUGGAACCGGUCAAAGAGGGGCUGCUGGCCCCUAAAGAGGAGGUCUCCCCUCUACCAUGUAGCACCAGUGACUCUUCAUCCUCUGCUGCGCCCCCAGCCCCUUCCUCAGAGUCUUGCAGUGACUCAGGGACUAGUGCCUCCCAUUGCACUUCAAACCCAAACACCCUCCAGAAUGAGCAAAAGAGUCCCAGCCCAGCUGACGCUUCCCCUUCUGCCCAAGUAAACCCCUCACCAUCCACCUUAACCCCGCCGAUGCUCCUUGGUGCUCCGCUGGUCCUCCAGCUCCAGCCCCUACCUCUGGCCCAGCCUCAGACCCCAGUGGGGUCUCCUCCUGGGGCCCCAGGUGGCAUUUGGCUCACUCAUCUGGUCAUGGGGCUCCAGGGUGCAACAGGACAAAAUCUCACCCUGCUGGCCCCCCAGGUGCCCUCCACCUCCACCACCUUGGUGUCUCUGAACAGUGGGGAUAAGUCAGCUGACCAGAAGUACGUGAAGAUCGCCCCUCUGCCCAUCACAAUGAGGACUCUAGAGAUUACGGGCGUGACUGGGGUUGGGGGCCAGGGCAUCGGUCUGUUGAAGGCCGUGGCCCCCAGGGUGACCAGAGUGCCACCCACAGAGAGGGUCCAUAAGUGCUCCCACCCAGGCUGUGGGAAAAUGUACACCAAAAGCAGCCACCUGAAAGCUCACUUCCGCCGGCAUACGGGAGAGAAACCCUACACUUGUAGCUGGCCUGAAUGUGGCUGGAGGUUCUCCCGAUCCGACGAACUGUCCCGUCACCGACGCUCCCACUCCGGCAUCAAGCCGUACGAGUGCUCACUGUGCGAGAAGAAAUUUGCCCGCAGCGACCACUUAUCCAAACACACAAAGGUUCACCGCAGCUCCAGGCCAAGCAGGAUUAUCAGAUCCACCGUGUGACACCUUCACCUGGCCUAGAUCCCGGUGUCCCUCAGGACUUUUGGUGCUUCAUGAGCAGAACUUUUCAGAAGAAUCUUGAGAGCUGGCUAUUGUUUCUCUCCCUCGUAAUAUCCUCUCCUUUCUCUCUUCCCCGCUGUUUACCUUUCACCGUUCCCCUCUGAGCAGCUCGUCUUAGUGCUACACUGAGCUAACAGCCACCUCAGGAAAAACUCAGCUGAAAGUGGAUUUCCUGGCCUUCACACACACACACACACACACACACACACACACAUGUCAAAUCACAUAAGAGGAGACAGUCUUACAGAGGCCCCUCUACCAGGUACUGUUGGAAGUAGGGUGGUAACCGGUAAUGGGAGCUUCUGUAAUUAUAAUCUCCCCUCUUCCUCAAAGCCAAACAUCAGGGUCCACAUGCAUAAAGCUUCCCAAUGUUUUUGUAUGUCGUCUGAGUAUGAAUUUACUGUGUUUGUUUAGCAUACAUUUGGGUCACAUUUAUGCCAUGUGUUCUAAUCAUAAGGCUCCCGAUGGACAUGUUCACGUGGCAGAGCGUGACAGCCGUGUCUGUAGGAUGAAAUUCUGAUUAAAGCAGCAGAAGUCUACUCUAAAUACUUUUUAGAGCCCUAUAUGAAUGAGUGGUAUGACAGGAAAAAAAAAACAAAACUUGUGGCUUUGCUUACAAUUUGUCCAAACUGCGAAAAACUUUAAAAACUUCCAAUGUUUUAUGCAUCCAACCCUGGCCUUUAUUGCAUUCGUCCAAUCAUAAUCCACCAUCUUGACCUGUUUGCCUUUUUCUCUGUCCCAGUAUGCCGUAAUCUGGAUCGAUGCCUUUGAUCAUGUCACAAAACUUCACUUGAUCCUACUGUUGUACUGUUAUCAUAUGACUGCUCUUAUUUAACUGUGAUUCUAUGAACCGGGGGUUGCCAAACCAGAAAUCCCUGUUGUAGCCCUGUGAGAGCAUGAAAACGACACCCUCAGUGCGUGACAGUUUAUAAGCUCUUUGUUCUCUGAAAGUCUCUUGAAAUCAUUGUGCAGCCGACUUACGUGGUCUAGAAACUUUCUCGGCCUAUAUGUUAUACUUUGGCUCAGUGGUGCGAAAGUGGAAAAAAAAAAAAAAGCUCUUUCUUAUUUACAGUAGCAGUUACCUUUCUCUGUUGGUUGUAGCAGCAAGAAAAGCUAAUAGUUUAAACAGCUGGAAAGGCAGCUAACAUCUAUUCAAUCAUCUGUAUAAGCAUACUCAAUAUAAUGUGUACUGAACAUAAAGGACAAAGAUAACAUGUGUACAGCCUGUAGCCUUUAUAUAGAUGUGUUUUUUUUAUCAAAGAGGAUUUUCAAUCAGUGCAUUAAGCUAUUCAGUCGUGUUUCUGGAGAGGUUUUUCAGUCCGAUGUGUGUUUGAUUGUAGCGUGAUCAAUCUGUGGAAUGUCAGGCUGAUUAUGGUCUGGGAUUUGGAGUCCCAUUCUGCCCAUUCACAAACCAUUAAACCGAGUCUGCUGGUCUCAAGUGCACUUGUGUUAGCAGAAAGCGGAAGCAGUCGUUGUGCUCUUAUGGCAGUUCCAUAAAAAUGUAUCGGAACCAUAAAAUGCCAAAAAAAAAAGAAAAAAAAAAAAGAGAGGAUAUUUUGUAAAGAGGGCUAAACUGCAUUGCGCAGUUCAGUCACUGUUGUCAUGUGUUCUUUGAUCUGAACCUUUUGGUGCUUGUUAACCUUCCAGUGCUCCACACGAAGAGACUGUAUAACUGAAAGCAUAACGCUUCAUAUAACUGGAUUGUCUUUGUUGUCCUGCAGAUGCUCACUACUACAAACCGUAGGCUACUGGCAAUCUAAGCUCGAGCAACAUUGGUGCUAUUGGAUAAACUGAAAACUAGAGCACUUCAGCAUGUAGCAGUGCACAUUUUUGUCAUUUUACACAGCAAUCAUCCUCAUAUCUUUGUUACCUUAUGGAUACGAUAGGUUUCAUUUUUUUUUAAAAAACAAUCACGCUUAGUAAUAUGGAAACCCGUUUAAAGCAGACAGACGGGCAGACGUGUUUAUCUGUCUGAACCGGUGCUGUCUUUGUGUCUGAGCCUCCCCAGGCUGCUUCUACUGACCUACAUCCAGAUCUGUAUUCCCUAAUCAUCAUCCAGUUCUCUCUCUGUCUCUGUUUCUCUCUGAGUCCUGCUUGUGUAUCUGUUUGAACACAGGCUGUAUUUUUUUUGAAUACCAGAAAUGCUAUUUUCCUAUUUGCAAAAAUAAAAAGCAAAAACUUGACAAUGCUGAA